AUGGACGCGCACGAGCGGCAGUGUCUCGUCGCGAAGGACAGCGACGACGAGGACGGACCACGCGGCCUGCGGACUGCAUUCGUGACCACAACAGUCCGUUCGCCCACGCGACGCGGCAGCUGUCCUCGCGCCUACGCGUCGCUACGUAGCGACGUCUGGACGCUGCUGCACUACCGCACGUCGCUCAAAGAGCGCUCGGGACUGCACCGCGCGUCGUACCUCUUGGAAAUCGGCGUACUGGUACUGAUCACACUGAAUGUUGCGCUGGCCAUGUACGUGUCGGCGUCUCCGCUCGGCCCUGCGAUGACGUCGUCCGAUUGGUACGUGCUUUUUCUGUACGUGUCGACGGGGCUAUUCACGGUCGAGUACAUGCUCCGUCUCUGGUCGUGUGUUGAGGACGACCGGUAUACGCAUCCAGUGUGCGGCAGGCUCAAGUGGAUGAGUCGGCCAAUGUCGAUCAUCGACCUCGUGGUGCUCAUUCCAUUUUAUCUGGAGAUUUUGCUCGAGCAUCAGGGAGCAGUGUCGUCGCGUGGUGUCUUGACACUGCGAGGCUUUCGGCUCUUGCGUAUCAUGUCCUUCUUGCACCUCGAACGCUCCUACCAGGCGAUGAAAGAUUUACGUGAGAUUUUCGCGCUGAAGAAACAAGAGCUUGGCGUUGUCAGCUACCUCACCAUUGUCAUUGUGUUGACUUCAUCUACCACCAUCUUUUUCCUUGAAAAUCCAGCUCAGCCCAAGGUGUUCUCGAGCAUCGGUACGUGCUCUUGGUGGGCCAUCGAGACCAUCACGUCUUUAGGAUAUGGCGACAUCGUGCCUAUCACUGCUGCGGGUCGAGCUUUCUCGUCUCUACUCGCGCUCUGGGGCAUCAUUUUGUUCACAAUACCUGGUGCUAUCCUCGGAAGUGGCUUUAUCGAAGUUAUGCUGAAGAAACAGGAAAAGAAGAGCGAGCAAGCGAUGGAAGAGUCGAUCCAAAUGUCGCUGACAAGGGCGUUCAGUAGCUCGGCGUUUACAGGUACGCUUGGAGCCAACCGAGACAGGCCAAACUGUGCGCCAGAUAGGCUGACGUUUUUGCAAUUGUAUUCAUCGGGAGAAGACUUGGAAUCGCCAGGGACAACACAUACGAUUUCAUUUCCGGCGUCGGCGCUACCAACGCCUCACGAGCCCUCUCCGUUUUCGUCCCCUGCUCUUCCAAUCAUACGCCUUCAAGAACAAGUUAACCGGCUCACUACCACGCAGCUUCAGCUCCAAGUGCAGCUGAGUCGCCAGGAAAUGCAAUUGCUGACGAUCACAAAGCUGUUGACGGAUAUGCUUGCGCAGUCGCGGCCGAAUGAGACAGAUUGA